UUAAUGAAAGCAAAUACCAUUGCUUCUUGUGUAUUMUUCAGAACCAGUGUCUUUGGAAACCUUAUGCAGAGACACGAUAGUUCAUGCUAUUGGGAAAGUACGUUGGCAGAGGGAAUCGAACAUUUCCCUACCCCUCCCCGUCCCCAGAUUGCAAGAACUCCAGUGCGGUGGGGGAUGGRCCAGAGCAGAGCCGCUAACGGUGGAAGACAACAUCGACUUCCACACAUUAUCACUCCAAGAAAGCGAUUAUAGCGAUGCGGACACGGUUGUUAGUGAUGAUGUGUCGCUUUUUCCAACAUGGCAUGAAGCAAACUUGAACCCUCGUCAUCGACCAUCUAGUAAUUUACAUACCUCUUCCCGCCCAUCCGUCAUAAUGGUUCCCAUUCCAAAAUCUGAAAUACUUCCGUCUAAUGACACGACAACUGAGACUCCAAAUUUGUCCCCCAUUUCGUGUACCGAAAGCGUUUCGUCACAGAAAAGGAAGUCCAGUUUUUCUUCCACAGACAGCCUUGCGGUAUCUCCUUUUUCUCCAUCUGCGUGUACUGCACAUAAGGGGAAGACCCCUUACUUGUUUGCAGACUUUCAUAUGUCUCCCGUAUCCUCUACUGAGAGCACUUUUUGUGGGGAUCUAUUUGAAGAGGAAGAGGACAGCAAUUUGUUCGAGGGAUUUCAUAUGUCUCCCAUCUCUUCGGCGACAAGCUGCUACUCAGAGGAAACAGACAACACGAAAGAUAAGUUGGGUCUAGUAUUACCAUCGCCUAGCUUAUGUAAGACAAAUAAAAAGGCUUCCAUCAGUACUGCCACUCUUUCGGUUUUGGGAUCAACGGACGUAGAAGAUAGUGGUUUGUUUGUAGAAACCCUACCCGAUAGGGCAACUUUUGCCCUUUCCCCUUCGGAAUGGCUGUCUAUAACACCUAAAGAUCUUCCUUCUGGUGGUCGCCGUCUUACUGGCUCUUGGGCGGACCUUUUUUCUAAAAAGAUCAAGGAAUCGAACCCAUUUUGUUCUUUCCGCUUCAAAGCUCCAAGAAGGGAACAGCUUAAGACGGAACUUGAAGCGAAUACGCCAUCCCGUUUCUACCACCAACACCUAGCUAACUUAGAGCCUCAAGUCUUUGGUUCUGGAAAUAGGGACGGCGUUGGUUCGAUUGGUGUUUUGCGCAAAAUAUCCGCAGAGGCAAAAACCAAACACGAAAUCGACAGAGACCUAAUAACUAGCCUUUUGCGACUCAAGCAAACUCUGCGCCAGCAAGAUGUUACUAAAGCAGAAGCAAUCGGUACCAACCAUGCUAAAGGGAGGAAGAUCUUGGGAUAUGUCCAGUAUGUUUCUCUUGACCCCUUCACAAUAAUGUUGUGGACGGAGGCCGGAGUUCGUCUGUGGCACGACCUUGCAUCUACUACUACCAUUCACUGGGAUGCCACUGGGUCGUUGGUGAAGAAAUGUGUGGGCGAGGGAAAUGUCUAUUACUAUGCCAUCGUUCUUCCACAUCCCACUGCUGGGCAACCACCGCUGGCGGUAGCCGAAAUGAUAACUAAUAGCCACAAUGUGCCCAAUGUUACCCAUUUCCUUUCCCUUUUCCGUUAUGCCGAGAAAGUUGUAUUUGGCUAUCGUCAGUUGAAAGUGCCACUACGCUUUGAAAGUGAUUUAAGUUUAACUUUUAUAUUGACCUCACUUUGGGUAAUAAACGGAGAAACCAUGAGGGACUUUCUACUGCGAGCUUGGCGGAUUUCAAUCAAGCAGCCGAAGGCCGGGGAUUCCUCCAAGAUGAACCCUCAUGCUUGUACAAGCCACGUGAUGCAUGACAUUGGCAUUAAGUUUAAGAAACUAUGUUCCAACGACGUGUUUGUCUUCUCCAUGCAUUGCUUUGCUUUGCUUGUGAAUUCUUCUAACCUGGAUGAAGCCGAAGGAAUUAUUACCAACCUCAACAGUGUACUGACCAGCCCCACUGCCAGCAAAUUCGCUGUAUCUGCUUAUCAAUGGCUACACCACAGAUUGUCUCAACAAGGUUGUCCGCAAGCAGAUACAGGAUGUUUGAAGGAUACUGCCUUAGAAAAAUUGCUAUCCCCUGCACAUGAAGAUGACCCCCCUAAGAACGAAGAUUCAGCUUCCUCAGAUGAAGAGCAGUUUAAUUUUGAGUCACCAGGCAGUCCUUUCAAAAAGCAUUUCCAUGAUUUGCUGACCAAACAGAAAGUCGUAAUAGAAUUACAUGCAAAAACCACAGAUAAAAAGAAUCGAUUUCAUGCACCGGAGGUGAUGGACGUCAUACUGAAACACCGAAUCCCAACUCUUCCCCUUUGGUCCGGAUUAAUGAAAGGAAUUGAACACAGCAAAGAUCAGUGUGUGACAAAGGAAGGAAAGAAAACUAGUUAUUGUGAGGUGAUGUCAAAAUCUUCAAGGUCUACAAAUGCUGUUUGUGAAAACUGGUUCAAACUCGUCAAAGUGGAUGACUUCUUAAGGAAGUCGCACUUCCGCCCAGAUGUGUUUGUAAUGCAGCAAUACAGUCAUAUUCUUGGGCGUCAACGAUUAUUCACGGAGUCGUAUUUAACAUCUUCCAACGAAAAGGAACAUCUGUCUAGGAGUCAGAAAAAGAGAGUGUCUAGGGCACUCAACGACCCUGCAAUAGACGACGACAAACAGCCUAACGAUGUUCUGCACAACCUUGUCGAGGAAAAGUGGGGGAAGCGGAAACGCACAAACAACGUAAACAAGGUGGGGCGUUUCCAGCGACCACCCCAGAAGGGACUUCCCCAAACACUGGAAGAUGAAAGUAUAAACCUUUCGACGAAAACAACUGCAAAGGAAAGAAAGAAGCAAAUAAGAAGUAGAUCAGCUUCACCAAAAGGAACGCCCAACGUGUUGAAGAAGAAAAGAAGAUGCAGAUCACCUUCCCCUAAGACAAAUAAAACCAAUGUCGCCGGUGACGAACAGAAAGGGAGUAGCAGAUCACCUUCCCCUGAACCAACUACACCGAUCAAUGUCGCUGGUGACGAACAGAAUGGGAGAAGCAGAUCACCUUCCCCUACGGCAACUGAAAUCAAUGUCGCCAAUGACGAACAGAAAAGCAGUACGUCGCCAACUUCAGCCACACGGCAUGCAUGUACACCCCGCGUGCAGAAAAGGCGUCGCACCAGGAAACAGAGGAAAACAACGGCAAAAAAUGCGAAGGGGGGUGCUCUUUUCAGAAGGGCGAUUGCUGAUAGAAAAGGAAUUAAAAAUCUUGGCAGUACUUGUUACUUGAGCGCAACACUGCAAAUGUUAGUCAGGGAUCCAGUCACAGAUUCUAUCAUAGAACAUUCGAGGAAUGAGUCAUCGAAAUCACCGGCUUCUACAGACAGCGAUUGUUUGAUCGUGGAGAGCGUUUUUCAAACCCAACUUGCAAAAGAUGUGCAAUAG